UUGUAGUACGGGAGGGUCGUGGCGCGAAGAAGAGCGUGAACCGUGGAGCCUCUGAGAAAAGCACGCGGAAGACGAGGUUCUGCCGGAGAAAGUCUCAGGGCAGUCUGGGAAGUGUAGUCCAGUUCGCUUAGCAAAAGAUUCGCGCUGGGCGCCGGGCUUCCGGGAGGAGGCUGGGCAGGCUUGAAAAGAGGCUGUGACUAUGCCUUUUAACUCUGGAGUGGGAGCACAAGAAGUGUUUGUUUAAUGAAUGACCUAUCCAUUUAGGACCUGUUUGGACCCUGAGGAUAAUCUCGUGAAUUGCUGAUAGUUCACUGGGUCUGGCCCUCACUGUUGAUCUCAGUAUGCUGCGGCGAAAACCAACCCGCCUGGAACUGAAGCUGGAUGACAUUGAGGAGUUUGAGAGCAUUCGAAAGGACCUGGAGACCCGUAAGAAACAAAAGGAAGAAGUGGAUGUCGUAGGAAUCAGUGAUGGAGAAGGUGCCAUUGGGCUCAGCAGUGACCCCAAGAGCCGGGAACAAAUGAUUAAUGAUCGAAUUGGUUAUAAACCUCAACCCAAGCCCAAUAAUCGUUCAUCUCAGUUUGGAAGUUUCGAAUUUUAGAGGUGGAUUAUCUUGCAUGCCAGAGCCCUGGAAGGGAGUAAAAUGAUGGCAGAAGUACAAACAAGAUUUAGAGAAUUGAGUGCUUGCAGUCAAGCAGAAUGCUUUUACCUCCUGCAGAGAAAUACUUCUGCAUGGGAUUACUGAUGCUUAACUUUUGCUCUAAGUGGAAAUCCAAACUCUAGUUUGUCUCUGGAAAAUUUGACUCUAUAAAACUUGUCUGAUUUUUGUUUUUAAAAAUAAAUAUAUUUUUGGAAAA